AUGCUUGAAGAUUAUUUUUCUAUACAAAUUUUCUUUAUCAUAUUUCGAGAGACCCUCGAAACUGCGAUCAUUGUAUCAGUUUUACUUGCAUUUAUUCAUCAAAGAUUCGCUCAGUCGCCGACUGCUGGCCCCAAUGCACCAGAGUAUAAUAAUGAUAGCACUAGUGCAAACAAAGUAAAGAGAUCCAUGAUCCUUCAGGUAUGGUUCGGCGCUAUAUUAGGAUUGGUCGUCUGUUUUAUCAUAGGGGUAAUUUUUGUAUGCACUUUCUAUUUUUUAGGCAGAGACUACUGGUCCUACACUGAAAGGGUAUGGGAAGGUGUAUUCUCAUUAUUAUCAAGUUUUAUUAUAACGAUCAUGGGUGUUGGGUUGUUACGUAUAAACAAAGUGAUGAAGGUAAAGUGGUGGAAAAAGUUAGGUGAUGCAUACAGUGACGGGAACACAGGUACCACACUUGAGCUGCAACCUGCUGCGGCUCUCAGUGAUGAGCCUGAUACCAGUAGUACUUCUCUAUUGAUCAGCAAUGAUAGCGAUAUUGUUGCUCCUAUUAAAAAGAAGCAUGGCAGAGGAGGAAAAAAGUUCACUAAGAAGUACUUCCUUGCCAUCCUUCCAUUUGUGACCACUCUCAGAGAGGGCCUUGAGGCUGUUGUUUUCAUUGGAGGUAUUGGAAUGUCCUCCCCACCUUCGACUAUCCCAUUAUCAAUUGUAGCAGGAAUAGCCUUUGGGGCGGUUAUCGGGUAUUUACUCUACAAAGGAGGGAACCAUCUUUCUUUACAGUAUUUUUUAAUUUUCCUGACCUGUUUCCUUUACAUGGUGAGUGCUGGACUUACCAGCCGUGGAGUAUGGUUUUUGGAAUUAGAACAAUUUGUUCGUGCAUGUGGUGGCCUUGAUGUCAGUGAAACAGGAUCUGGACCUGGAUCUUAUGACAUAGGAAAAUCUGUUUGGCAUGUCAAUUGCUGCAAUGGGUUAACAGACGGAUGGUGGAUGGUGUUCAAUGCUAUUUUCGGUUGGACCAAUUCUGCGACUUAUGGCAGUGUAGGGUCAUACUGUGCUUACUGGCUCUUAGUAAUAAUCUGGUUAGAAGUUAGGCUCCACGAGGAGAGGGAGGGAGUAUUACCAUUCAUCCCAGUCAAGUGGCAAUUGAAAAGAAUAAAGAAGAGAGUUUAUUUAUAUGAAGCAAGACUUGCUAAGAAGAGUGGAAGCAGAUUAAGCUACGAAAGAAUCUCAUUUGAAGAUGAAGAAAGGGAGAACUUGCUCUCAAGUAAUUAG